AUGGGGGACAGCUAUGUUACCGGUGAAUGUGUUUUCACUUGGCUUCAUUCUACCCUGUUUUUCUUUAGUUGUGUGUGUGCAGAAGGCUGGACAGGACAACAGUGCAGUGAAGAUAUAAAUGAAUGUGAAUCUGAACCAUGCUUGAAUGGUGCCACCUGCUAUGAGUCUACUGUCUACGGGCAAUUUCUGUGUGUUUGUGCUCCAUUUUAUAUUGGAAGAAUUUGCCAGUAUCGCUACAACCCAUGUGAUGCACCUUACAGUCCAUGUACAAACAACUCUACUUGUUUGGCACAAGCUGAUGGGAAUCCAUUGUGUAUCUGUCAAAAAGGAUUUGAAGGUACUUACUGUGAAACUGACACCAAUGAAUGCAUCUCCAGCCCAUGUAAGAAUCAAGGUCACUGUGUGGAUGGGGUUAACAGUUACAGGUGCUACUGCAGAGAUGGCUUUUCUGGGACAUGGUGUGAAGUGGAGAUUAAUGAGUGCCUAUCAAGUCCCUGUGCAAACAGUGGAACAUGCAUAGACCUUACAAACAGGUUUCUUUGCAACUGUCUGCCGGGCUACUAUGGGUUGCUCUGUGAGCUAGAUGUAAAUGAAUGUGAAUCUCUUCCUUGCUUGCAUGGAGGAAGCUGUUUUAACAAACCUGGAGGCUACCAGUGUAUCUGUGUUCCUGGCUUCACAGGUAUAGUAUCAGAUAGAACAUUGUGGAAGUACAUUGUUAUAUCUUGAGUUUGCAUACACAAGAGUUGCCUUUGCAUCAAGGAUGAGCAAAAGAGGUCACAUAUAUAUUGGAAAACAAAUCAAUGUCCCCCCAGUGAUUCUUGGAUCCGCAUCUUGUUAAGUACCUCUGGACCUUAUUUACGUCAGUUCUGAUUUAUUGGUUUUUUACCGAUCCAGAUAUUUAGCUGAAUUACAUUAAAAGAGAGGUUACACAGUGCAGAGCAAAAAUCAAUAUUUUGUGAAUUCAGCCAAGAAAAAAAUAAUUAUUAGUAUAGCUACUGAGUAAAUUACACAA